CCUGCCGCUACGUUCCAUUUUGUGUCCAGCAGGACGAGCCGGGAAUCGAACCGGGAACUCUAUGGACCCAGGGCGUGCGGGUGAUGCCUAAAACGUAAAGCGCACCACAUUGAUAAUAAGAAUAAUGCACAGAAGAGUGGAGCUGCAGAACCCAGCCGCCAACAGCCUCCCCAACCCGCAGAGAGACGGCUAAUGCUACCUAGCGAGCUAAGCUAGCCACCGGAGCUCCGCUGCUAGCCUUUCAGCCAGUGACCAGCCUCGGUGGAGCUAGAGGAGAACGUCCGGGACAGAGAGCCACGACGCCGGUGUUGAGCAGCGGGCUAUGAGGAGGACAGCGGACUGCUGAGUGCUAACGGCUCUUUUUACCUACCGGAGCGCAGGCACAAAACGCCGCGGCCCUGGCCAUGCCCUCGAGUGUCCGGGCCGGCAGUCUGAAGGACCCUGAUGUGGCGGAGCUCUUCUACCGAGAGGACCCUGAGAAGCUGUUCGCCGACCUGCGGGAGAUCGGCCAUGGCAGCUUCGGAGCCGUCUACUUUGCCCGCGACAUCCGCAACAAUGAGGUGGUGGCCAUCAAGAAGAUGUCCUACAGCGGCAAGCAGACCAACGAGAAAUGGCAGGACAUCAUCAAGGAAGUCAAGUUUCUUCAGAAGCUGAGACACCCCAACACCAUCGAGUACCGAGGAUGUUACCUCCGGGAGCACACCGCAUGGCUGGUGAUGGAGUAUUGCUUAGGAUCGGCCUCGGACCUCCUGGAAGUCCACAAGAAGCCUCUGCAGGAGAUGGAGAUAGCAGCCAUUACCCAUGGUGCACUGCAGGGGCUGGCAUACCUCCACUCACACAACAUGAUCCACAGGGAUGUGAAGGCGGGAAACAUUCUGCUGACGGAGCCGGGGCUGGUGAAGCUGGGAGACUUUGGCUCCGCCUCCAUCGUGGCUCCAGCCAACUCCUUCGUUGGCACCCCCUACUGGAUGGCUCCCGAGGUGAUUCUGGCGAUGGACGAAGGGCAGUACGACGGGAAGGUGGACGUGUGGUCGCUGGGCAUCACCUGCAUAGAGCUAGCGGAGAGGAAGCCUCCGCUGUUCAACAUGAACGCCAUGAGCGCGUUGUACCACAUCGCCCAGAACGAGAGCCCGGUCCUGAGCUCCAACCACUGGUCUGAUUAUUUGCGUAACUUUGUCGACUCCUGCCUGCAGAAGAUUCCCCAGGACAGACCGACCUCUGAUAUCCUGCUGAAUCACCGCUUCCUGUGCAGGGAGCGCCCGGUUACCGUGGUGAUGGACCUGAUCGCGCGGACAAAGGAGGCGGUGCGGGAGCUGGACAACCUACAGUACCGCAAGAUGAAGAAGAUCCUCUUCCAGGAGACGCACAACAACGGGCCGACGCCGGAGGGGGCGGAGGACGAGGAGGAGGCCGAGCAGUACUUGUUGCGGACUGGGACGGUGAACAGUCUGGAGAGCUCCCAGUCCGUUCCCAGCAUGUCCAUCAGCGCCAGCUCCCAGAGCAGCUCCGUCACCAGUCUGGCCGACGCCUCCGACCACAGCGACGAGAUGGCCAUGAUGGGGGAGGGAGAGCACACCGUCACCUCCAACAGCUCCGUCAUCCACCGGCCCUCUGGUCAUGAUAACAUCUAUGACGACCCCUACCAGCCUGAGAUGGACCAGCCGCUGGCUCCGUCGGCCGGGCGGCGCCGGGCAUACUACCGCAACAGAGACCACUUCGCCACCAUCCGCACCGCCUCCCUGGUGACUCGUCAGAUCCAGGAGCACGAGCAGGGCUCUGCACUGAGGGAGCAGAUGUCAGGGUACAAGCGCAUGCGGCGGCAGCACCAGAAGCAGCUGAUGGGUCUGGAGAACAAGCUGAGGUCUGAGAUGGACGAGCACCAGCUGAGGCUGGACAAGGAGCUGGAGGGGCAGAGGGGCAGCUUCUCUGGGGAGGGGGACAAGCUGACCAAGAAGCACCACGCCAUCCUGGACAAGGAGAUGAAAGCGGCGCUGGCGGAGGAGAAGAAGUUCCAGCAGCACAUCCUGACCCAGCAGAAGAAGGAGCUCACCAGCCUCCUCGAGUCCCAGAAGAGGCAGUACCGCCAACGCAAGGACCAGCUCAAAGAGGAGCUGAACGAGAACCAGUCCACGCCGAAGCGGGAGAAGCAGGAGUGGCUGGUGCGGCAGAAGGAGUGCAUGCAGCAGAUGCAGGCGGAGGAGGAGGCGGGGCUACUGCGGCGGCAGCGGCAGUACUACGAGCUGCAGUGCCGCCAGUACAAGAGGAAGAUGCUGCUGGCGCGGCACAACCUGGAGCAGGACCUGCUCAGAGAGGACCUGAACAAGAAGCAGACGCUGAAGGACCUGGAGUGCGCCAUGCUGCUGCGGCACCACGAGUCCACCCAGGAGCUGGAGUUCCGGCAGCUGGGCCUGGUGCAGCGCACGCGGGCGGAGCUGAUCCGCACCCAGCACCAGACGGAGCUCACCAACCAGAUGGAGUACAACAAGAGGAGGGAGCAGGAGCUGAGGCAGAAGCACGCCGUGGAGGUCCGGCAGCAGCCCAAGAGCCUGAAGACGAAGGAGCUCCAGAUCAAGCGCCAGUUCCAGGACACGUGUAAGAUCCAGACGCGGCAGUACAAGGCCCUGAGGAACCACCUGCUGGAGACCACGCCCAAGGCCGACCACAAGGCGGUGCUCAAGAGGCUGAAGGAGGAGCAGACCCGCAAGCUGGCCAUCCUGGCCGAGCAGUACGACCACUCCAUCAACGACAUGCUCUCCACGCAGGCUCUGCGAUUGGACGAGAGCCAGGAGGCGGAGUACCAGGUGCUGCGCAUGCAGCUGCAGCAGGAGCUGGAGCUGCUGAACGCCUACCAGAGCAAGAUCAAGAUGCACAGCGACUCCCAGCACGACCGCGAGGCCAAGGACCUGGAGCAGAGAGUCUCCAUCCGCAGGGCGCUGCUGGAGCAGAGGAUCGAGGAGGAGAUGCUGUCCCUGCAGAACGAGCGCUCGGAGCGGAUCCGCACGCUGCUGGAGCGGCAGGCCCACGAGAUGGAGGCCUUCGACUCGGAGAGCAUGCGCCUGGGCUUCAGCGGCAUGGCGCUGUCGGGCGCGCCGGGCGAGGCCUUCAGCCAGGGCUACCCCGCGCCCGCCGCCGCCGCGCCGCCCCCCCCCGGGGGCUCCUCCGCCUGGCCCUCCCGCCCCGUCCCUCGCUCCGGGAGCCACUGGAGCCACGGGGCCCACGGGGCCCACGGUCCCGGCGGCCCCGGCGGGCCCGUCCCCCCCUGGCGGAGCGGAGGGGGGGGGUUCAGCCGGGCGGAGUCCGUCAGCUCCUCCCACGGGCUGGGCCGCGACGGCGAGCUCAGCCUGGGCAGCAGAGCUCACCCUUCGUCGUCCUCUUCCUCACACCACCACCAACACCACCACCACCACCACCAGCAGCCGCCGCCGCAGCAGCAGCAGCACCAUCAGCACUACCUCCCCCAACACUACCAGCACCACCAGAGCACCCCCCAGCUGUACCGCGACCUCGACCGCGACCCCCACCCUCACCGAGACCCCAGGGAGCACCGCGACCCCCCCCUCCACCCCCACCGCGACCCCCACCCCCACCGGGACCCCAGAGACCACCGCGAGGCCCGGGAGAGGGAGCGGAGCCGGGCCCACUACUCCCACCUCCUCUCCACCCACGCCUCCGCCCAAUCACUGGCUCUCCUCCCCCCUCCUCCCCCUCCCCCGCCCAUCUCCCUCUCCUCGUCCUCCCCGCCCUCCUCCGCCUCCUCGUCCUCCUCCUCCCAGGGGGGCUACGGGGGCCUGGGGCUCCGGGGCCUCAGGAACAGCCCCCAGCCUCUGAGGAGGACCGCCUCGGGGGGGCCCGCCGGGGGGGGGGGUGGGGGGAGCGACGGGGGGCUCAGCCGGAGCACCUCGGUCACCUCCCACAUCUCCAACGGCUCCCACCUCUCCUACUCCUAA